AUAAAUAGAGUUUAUACAGAAGGAAGAAGAACAACCAAAAGCAGUUGUAAAACUCCGUGAUUUCUCUCCCGUUUCCUCGAUUUUUUUGUUUCACUGCUGGUUUUCCUCUUUAGCCAUUUUUCUUGUUUCAAGAACAUUGUCAUUUUUUGUCGUGAUUAGAUGGAAUUUGUAUAAUUUUAGUAAUUCUUCGGUUUUGUUUUUAUAAAAAUAAAUAUACAUUUUAAAACUAAAUUCUAUCUCUUUCUCUCUCUCUUCCUGCAAUCUAUCGCCGAUUCGGAUCUUCUCUGGUUGGAGAUUUCCUUUUACUUGGCCAAAAGUUUUGUUCUUUUGAUUUCUGGAAUUAUCGAAAUAGAAACAGAGAAGAAAUCAAAUCUCUUUAAGCCUUUCAGAGCUCCAAAAGUUUUGUUUUCCGUUUCCGUAAGUUAUCAGGCGGCUUUGUGUCUGUCUGGUGUGGGAUUUCUGGAGCUGGGUUUCUCAAACCAGCUCCAUUUCUGAAUCAUCCCUUCUCCAUCGCCACAUUGAUUUAAAAGAAAAAAAGAAGAUGACUUGCUUCUCUUGUUUGAAUCCUCGAACCAAGGACGUAAGAGUCGACAUUGAUACCGCUCGAUGCAACUCUCGUUACACAGCCGAUUCAUCAGUUCACGGAAGUGAUACAACAGGAACAGAGUCGGUUUCGGGUAUUUUAGUAAACGGAAAGGUGAAUAGUCCAAAACCUGGUGGUGGAGCUCGGAGUUUCACGUUCAAGGAGUUAGCCGCAGCAACAAGAAACUUCCGUGAAGUGAAUUUGAUCGGAGAAGGAGGUUUCGGGAGAGUUUACAAGGGACGUCUAGAUUCAGGACAAGUGGUGGCUAUUAAGCAAUUGAAUCCAGAUGGGCUUCAAGGAAAUCGAGAAUUCAUAGUUGAAGUUCUUAUGCUUAGCUUAUUGCAUCACCCAAACCUCGUUACACUGAUCGGUUACUGUACUUCCGGUGAUCAAAGACUUCUUGUCUAUGAAUACAUGCCAAUGGGAAGCUUAGAAGAUCACCUUUUUGAUCUUGAGGCAAAUCAAGAGCCUUUAAGCUGGAACACACGAAUGAAAAUCGCGGUUGGUGCGGCUCGGGGAAUAGAGUAUCUUCACUGCACAGCAAACCCGCCGGUGAUUUACCGCGACUUGAAAUCAGCAAACAUAUUGUUAGACAAAGAAUUCAAUCCAAAGCUCUCUGAUUUCGGAUUGGCGAAACUCGGUCCAGUAGGAGACCGGACUCAUGUAUCGACCCGUGUCAUGGGAACUUACGGUUAUUGUGCUCCCGAAUACGCAAUGAGCGGAAAAUUAACCAUCAAAUCGGAUAUCUACUGCUUCGGUGUAGUGUUGCUUGAGCUUAUUACUGGAAGAAAAGCCAUUGAUUUCAGUCAAAAGCAAGGCGAGCAGAAUCUUGUUGUUUGGUCACGUCCAUACCUCAAGGAUCAGAAGAAGUUUGGACAAUUAGUGGAUCCGUCUCUGCGAGGAAAAUACCCGAGACGGUGUUUAAACUAUGCGAUUGCGAUCAUCGCAAUGUGCCUGAACGAAGAAGCUCAUUAUCGACCGUUUAUAGGUGACAUAGUGGUGGCACUUGAGUACUUAUCCGCACAGAGUCGCUCACAUGAAUCUCGAAACGUCUCUUCCACAUCGCCGGAGUUCGCCAGAACGCCGCGACGGGACUCGUAACACGAACACAUCUUGAGCUCUUAAGAAUGAAACAGUUUGGUGUUCUGUAAAAAUGGUUUUGUUUUCUCUUUCCCAUAAAUAAUAAGAUUAUACAAUUUGGUAAAUGUUUUUGUUUGUUAGUUUCUUAUUACUUAUUUUUUUUCCUAUGAUGUAUAUGAAUAUGAAAAUUAUGGAAACAAUUAAGUUCUUUUUCAUGUGUA